ACAGAAGUAGCACCAUGUUCUUCAAAGUCCUCCCGCUCCUAUGUCUAGGUAAGUCCUGAAAGGAAAGGAAGAAAAGGAUGAGGAUGGAAAAUGCUGUCCUCAAGACCGGACCUCUCCACAACCCAGGGCUGAAGGUGGGAGCCCUGGGGGAGGCCAAGUUUAUCUGUCCUCGGAGCCCAGGCUGAGCCACCAAGUCCAAUAUCCGCAACAAGGCCCAGUUAUGGGGAGGGCAGGAUUCAUGUGUGGACAGGUCUUCUCUGAUGUGCUUUUCCCUCCAGGAUUCUGCUUGGGCCACGGGAGCUUCAAACGCAUGGGUGGCCGAGACCCUUCUCGGCCCUCCCUGUCCGCCCAACCGAGCCAUUUUGUCCCCCUGGGAGGACAUGUGACCCUUCGCUGUCAUUCCAAUCCUCCGUUUGCCACAUUCAAACUAAUCCGAAGAGUUAGGAGUCACAGGUCUGAGUUCCAGGGAGCCCUUUCUGGCAAAAGCUUCACCAUUAAGCCCGUGACCUCAGCACACGCAGGGACAUACACAUGUUCCGGAUCUUACAUCUGGAGCCCCACUGUGUGGUCUGUCCCUAGCAACACCCUGGAGAUCAUGGUCACAGGUGUGUUCGUAAAGCCCUCCAUCUCAGCACACCCAAGCUCCUUAGUGCAUGCACCUGGGCGUGUGACCCUGCGCUGCCACUCAGAACUGGUCUUUGAUAAGUUUAUCCUACACAAGAAGGGGAGUGCAAGGCAUCCCCACCUUGAGAAGGAAGUCCGUUCCAAUCUCCCCCACGCCCAGGCUGAUUUCCCCAUGGACAUUGUGACGCCUGCCCAUGCAGGGACCUACACGUGCUAUGGCUCUUUCAGUGACUCCCCCUAUGUGUGGUCAGCUCCCAGUGACACGCUGGAUCUUGUGAUCACAGGAAAGUAUGAAAAGCCUUCUCUCUCCACCCAGGUGGGGCCCGUGGUGAGGAUGGGAGAGAACGUGACCUUGUCCUGCAGCUCCAAGAUCCAAUUUGAUGUGUACCAUCUGUUCAGGGAUAGGGAGGCCUGUGACCACAUUGUUGGUGGAGGGCUGAGCCAUGAUGGAACAUUCCAGGUCCCCUUUCCUCUGGGCCCUGUGACCCCUUCCCAUAGAGGAACCUAUAGAUGCUAUGGCUCAUUGAAUAACUCUUUCUACAAGUGGUCAUCCCCAAGUGACCCCCUGCACCUUUCUGUCGCAGAAACCCCUAAGAGUACUUGCCCAUCUCCCACAGAAUCACCCUCCAGAUCUGAAGCACAUCUCCCUCAAGGACAGUCCAGCCCACUGGGUGUUCUCAUUAGACUCUCAGGAGUCGUCAUCUCCAUUGUCAUUUUCCUCUCUGCUAUUCUGGGUUACUGGUGUUUCAUCAAAAAUUACACCACCGUCACUGAUAUGGACCCCAUGGGGGUCCACUUCCCAGACAGAGAGGACGUCACAGCAGAAGAAACACAGGAGGUUAUAUACACUCAGUUAAAAUUCCAGACCAUCUCACCUAGAAGACUCACUCCCAGUUCCCAGUGUCCCAGGUACCUCUCAGAUGAGACCAGCACCUACAUGGAACUCACCAUCCACCACAUGGUCCAGGCCGAGGGAGGCCAGACAUGACUCCCACCCCAAGCACUCAGAAGGUUACCAAGUAAGGACUGGUUCCGUCCCCUGGGAGACUUCUUCCUCGGACACUCAUCUUCCUUCUCAAACCAUGUCAACAUCUCCAAGGUGAUGACACCAGAGUCUGAAUACUUGCUGAUGGUCUUAAAAUCCCAGAGGUCUCCAUGGACACCCAGCCAUCUCAGGAGAGGACCUGUCCUCACCCACAGGUUCUGCACAUCUCACUUCUGUCCAUCUGGGGUUUCCUGAAACUCUACAGAAGGGACUCUGGAGAGCGUGAUAUAGUUUAGUCUUCAAAUUACUCUAUCAAAAUUUGCAGAAAGUAGCCCCAAACUAUUUGUGGCUAUUUAAAUUAAAACUGAGUCUCUGAUUCUUUCUUUGGGUCCUGGCCCUGGAAUGGGGCUUGUGACACAUUUGACUCACUUCUGAGGCACAGCUCCCAUCCCUGCUGUGGGUCACAUCAUGCUGCCCCAUGAUCCAGGAAUGCCCAGCCAGCAUUCCCUCUGGGGUUCAGUCUGGGGUGUGAGGGAUUCAGACCACGACAUGGUGCACCCAAGCACCACCUUGCCAUGAGGACACACAGAGUGUUUUCUGUCUAAGGAGCAGCCAGCCGAACUCCACCGAGUUGCAUGCAGAGAACUGUGAUGUGACCCAGCUACUAUCAGCUCCAAGGCUUGUCACGGUGAGCAGGAGCUCUUCACACACUAAGGAAGAAGCAUUUGUCCACAGGGCAGCCAUUGAUUGGACCUCUCUGUCCCAUGUGUCCUCUGAUCACUGAUGUGGGACUCUUUGAUGACUUUCACUCAGUGCCCAGGGAAUGUCUACUCCUCCCCAGACCCUGUGUUUCCCCGGAACCACAGCUGUCCGAGCUUUGGUGAGUUCUUGCAGCUCUUCUGCUUGACCCCUUCACAGGCACCUGGACAAGCACAGAAUUAGUUCCUAGGGAACUGGGGAGCAGUGUGAAAGCCCCCCCUGCCUGGGAGUUGCCUAAGGAUGCACGGCCCACUGCUGCUUAAAGAGACAAUAGAAAGAAAAUGGCCCAAAUACGAAGUGCAACCGAGGUCUCCUACUCAGGCAGAACACUGCUUUUCUACACGGGUCAUUACAAAAGUUUUGAGAUACACAAAAAUGAAGAAAUGUAAAAUCCUUCCUGUGCAAGAUAGAAAAACAAAAGAAAUGUAAAAUCCUCUCGGACGGAAACAAAUGAAGUCCUCCCAGCGACACGGAUCAGCUGAGCAAGUUGAAACUUGCACAGGUGAAUCAGAAAGGAUGCUGUUGACUAUAUUUCUUGGAAAUGAAAUAAUGGCCCAUAACACAACCUGUCCCAAAACUUUUGUAGUGACCCACAUACAAUAACAGUCCAGGCUCCAAGGCAGAGUCAGAAUCAGCCUCACCCCUGAGCUGCCCAGGACCGAGGCACAGUGAACAGAAGUCACUACAACUAGUACUUAGGGCAGUUAUUAGGAGCGUUAUGUCUAUAAGAUUAAAAAAAACCUUUAAAAUGGUAAAUGUAGAGUUGAGCACGCUGAGAAGAGUGUAUGUAAUUUUUUGUUUUUGUUUUUGAUAAUUUCUUUUUUUAUCAAAAAAAGUGCUGUGGCAUUACAGCUCACAGCAACCUCCAACUCUUGGGUUUGAGCAAUUCUUUUGCCUCAGCCUCCCAAGUAGCUGGGACUACAGGCACCUACCACAAAGCCUGGCUAUUUUUCUGUUGCAGUUGUCGUCGUUGUUUAGCUGGCCCAGGCUAACCCACCAGCCUUGCUGUAUGUGGCUGGUGCCGUAACCACUGUGCUGCAGGUGCCAAACCGAUAAUGGUUUUUUCAUAUUUUUUUCUUCCUCAGUCUUUGCCUUAGCAAAAUAUUUGAACAUCCAAACUGUUGUUUCUCAGCAGGAAAAACAGGUUCCUACCCAAAAAGACGUGGAAACUCAACCCAAGUGUGGGUAAACACAUGAAUAGAUUAAAUGAACUGGGGCCUGAGUGGGGACCUCAGCUUAGCCUAGCUCACAGCACGCCCUACAGCCCUGCUUAUGGGAUGGACCCCUCCACGGCCAUGAGUGAAGCAAAAUGGAGUGGACGCAACUCUGGGACUUCAGAUUUUUAAAUUAUUAAUGGCAGAUUUGGGAAUAUUUUUUACUUUAUUUUUUUAAGUUUCAGAUUAAUGUGAGGGUACAUACAAUUAGGUUGCAUGGUUUGCAUUUAUAAGGUAAAGUCUGAAUUGUAGUUGACCCCUUCCCCCAGGAGGAGUGCCAUAUACCUCUACAUUGUGCCCAGUAGGUAGGAACUUACUGAACCCCUUUUCCUCCCUUCUUGAAUUUAAUUGGGUUUUUAUCUUGUGUUGUCCUGUAAUUGUUCAUCUACUAAUUUCAAAUUAGUAUUAAGUAUAUUGGAUACUUGCUUUUCCGCUCUUGAGAUAAAGAGUGACUAAAGAGAUUGUUCUCUGAAUCCAUCCAUGUAAAUACAAAAGAGGCAAAGUCUCUAUCUUUUUUAUGGCUGAAAAGUAUUCCAUUAGGCAUCCACCCAGAAGAAAAAAAAAUUAUUUUAUCAUAAGGACACUUGCAUCAAAUGUUUACACCAGCUCAAUUCACAAUCGAAAAGAUGUGGAAACUCAACCCAAGUGUGGGUAAACACAUGAAUGGAUUAAUAAACUGGGAACAUUUUGUAAUGGUAGUGUAUGCUCAAAUAUCUUCUCUAAGGUGUUUUAUUUUUAGAAAUUACAGUACCCCUUACAUGGGCCACAGCUGUUCCUUUUCUGACGUGCUCACAGGAAAUCUACAGUGAACUCUCCACAAACACUAUUGUAUCUACAACAAAGUGUGAAGCCACAUAAAA